AUGGCGGACCAGGUCAAGCGCAAUCCUCACCCGGAUUUCAAGGGCGUCGAGGCUUCUCGUCCAGAUUGGAAUAACGAGUCAAAGUUUCGUUACACAAAGACUGUCAACCCGGAUUGGAAGUUUGGCGAUGGCGCAAACAAGCUUCAUGAGGGCGACGCGGGGAAGAAGCACGUCGCAAUAGAUCCCCAUGAAGAGGGACGCAACCCUGGCUUCAACUACAAGUUUCUCAUCUCUGCCAUUACUCCACGACCUAUUGCGUUUGUGAGCACGCGCUCUGCCGACGGGUCUUCGACCAACCUGGCGCCCUUUAGCUACUUCAAUAUGGUCAACCACGAUCCCCCGCUGUUCGUCGUGGGCAUCGCUUCCGGCCUGGGAAACGCCAAGGAUACGCUGCGCAACGUGUCCGAGUCGGGCGAGUGUGUCAUCAACAUCAUCUCGGAGCCCUUUGUCGAGGCUGCCAACUCGGCCAGCGCAAACGCCCCCUAUGGCGUAUCUGAGUGGGACAUUUCUGGCCUCACCCCUGUGUACGAUUGCGAGACGGUCAAGUGCGCUCGUGUUGGCGAGGCUGUCGUCAGUAUCGAGGCCAAGCUUGACACUCUCAAGGAAUAUGACAGCCGCGCCCGUCCGGGCAACAAGUCUGGUACCAUCGCCAUCUUUGAAGGAACGAGGUUCUGGGUUAGGGAGGAUGCCAUUAACGAGGAGAGGAACCUCGUCGAUCCCCAGGUGCUGAGGCCGAUCAGCCGUCUGGGAGGCAUCACGUAUGGAAGGACCACCGAGGUCAUGGAGAUUCCUAGAGUCGACUUCGAGAAGGAUGUCGGUGGGUUAGAGGGUGCUGAGAAGCUCAAGAAGCAAAAUUCGCAAUAG